AUGCGUCUCCACGAGAGACUUGGCCAUGUCUUGACAUGGACAACAUUAGUCAAGGCCCUACCAUCGAUAUCCGGACAUCCUAAUGAGCCCUCAUGUCGUUUUGCGCAUCACUAUUCUCAAAAGCAGGUCCUUCAAAAUCCUACUGCCUUCAUUAAUGACAUGCUGUAUUGGGAGGGCAAAUUUCAUCAAAACAAUGUCUCAUACAACAGCAACAACGGUAUCUCCUACGAUGGCACUAAUAUCGAUUGGGUGACUGGAGAGGCAACAGUCAAGCACACGUUCAGUGCCGCUAGCAAAGAGUCCCUUCAAAUCAUGCUGUAUACCCACGCCGUUGCAGGCUCUCCAGAGGCUGCUCGGUUCCUCUCGCCUGAGAACACAGCGGAAGCCCCUGAGAUCGCUGCUUCUAUCAUGCAGAAAAAGUUGCAGACUUAUCUCAAAUUCAACGAGACUUACCCAGGCUUCGGGGGUUUUUUACCAUGGAUCUCAGCGGAUAGUCAAGAUAUCACUCCAAGAUCGGAUUGGGUCAACCGCGUGCCUUCUCUUGAUAACGGUGAACUUGUCUGGGCGGUAUAUGGUUUCAUCCAGGCCCUUGAGAACACAGGUAACAGGAACUAUCGGGAACUCGCGCAGAAAUGGCAGACUUGGAUGGAUUACACUAAGACUACUGCUGCUAAGAUCUUUUACAAAGGCAGUGGCAAGGUUUGUGCCGUCAUUGCCAUUAAAGACCAGUUCCUCCCCGUCAAUCAUCCAGACCAGUCAUAUCCAUGUGAGGGUAAGAAUCUACUGGACGACCCUUUCGAAGGCGAGAUAUUCACUUUUUGGCUACAAUUCUUCGGCGGUCUAUCAAAAGCCGACAAACAGGCUCUAUGGGAGAUUAAAAAACCCCAGUUGGUGAGCGUGGACUACGAAAUGGGCGAUUAUGGGCCUAUUACUGUCCAAAAGGGAUUUUGGUUCUCCAGCCAUGAAACCUGGAAAGCAAUGCAGAUGCCUUACUAUGACAUUGACAUUGUUCGUCGCGUAUUUAAGAAUGCCGAGCGAGUUCGGACUUGCAACUCAGUUGCCACAAAGUUGCCUGGGAUGUUCGCCUCGAUUAACAACAUCACCGAUCCCUCCACCGGAGAUGUUACAGGCUAUAUAUCGAACGCCGGUAUCCCCUCGGUCUCGAAUCAAACUGUCCAGGAACUAGACGUCAUUACGCCGUAUAGUGUAUUCCCGACAAUCUUGUUCGACAAGUCUGUCGGACUUGCCUGGUGGAGAAAUAUGGUUGCUGGCAAGAAAAUGCAGAAUAUCUAUGGCAGCACUGAAUCCACUCGUGUAGAUGGAACAGGAGUUUCUGCACUUCUUACUUGGGACAGCAAGAUUACCACGGUAGUUGCAAUUAUGGGCGGAGUGGCCGAUUUUGUCCGUCAGAAGAUGAAGGCAGAUAACGUUUAUGAUGGAUUUGUGGACAUCAUUGAGACUGAAUACUCUAGGGUUUUCACGCAUCUUAAAGGAGAAGAUGUCAAUCUCUGCCUCCCACGGGAGACUGUUCCUGAUGUAGGAUUGGUCGAUUUCACUCUUUGCGAAUAG